AUUCUCUUGCUUAUUCCAAACCAGGUGUGUUUUGUGACAUCAGAGAGAAAUCUGAAAUACAGUUCAAAAUGCCGAAACCUAAACCUAGCGCCCCUAAAGACUUUAUUGCUGGUGGUUUUGGAGGAGUAUGCACUGUAAUAGCUGGCCAUCCCUUAGACACAAUCAAGGUGAGACUGCAAACAAUGCCUAAACCAGCUCCUGGCCAGCCUCCUCUUUUCACUGGCACAUUUGACUGUCUGAUGAAAACUAUAAAAAAAGAGGGAUUUUUCGGGCUUUACAAAGGUAUGGCAGCACCCAUAACAGGUGUUGCACCCAUAUUCGCAGUAUGUUUUCUAGGAUUUGGAAUUGGGAAACGAAUUCAACAAAAGCAUGAAGGGGAAGAACUUACUUACCCACAGCUAUUUAAAGCUGGCAUGCUGGCUGGUGUAUUCACAACAGUGAUAAUGGCACCAGGAGAAAGGAUAAAAUGCUUACUACAGAUUCAACAAGAAGCCAAUGUGAAAGACAGAAAGUACAAGGGGCCGGUCGACUGCGCUAAAAAGAUCUACAAAGAGGGAGGAAUUAGAAGUGUAUAUAGGGGUUCAGUUGCCACUCUGUUGAGAGAUGUUCCGGCCACAGGCAUGUACUUCACCAGUUACGAGUGGCUGCAGCGAAUACUCACUCCUGAGGGUCAUGAUCGAUCAGAAAUAGGUAUAUGGAGGACUUUGUUUGCUGGAGGAAUGGCUGGAAUUUUUAACUGGUCAGUCGCUAUCCCCGCUGAUGUCUUAAAGUCCAGGCUUCAGACAGCACCCCAUGGAACAUACCCUAAUGGUAUCCGUGAUGUUGUCAAGCACAUCAUGAAGGAGGAGGGUGUGAGGAGUUUUUACAAAGGAUUUACACCUAUUAUGUUGAGGGCUUUCCCUGCUAAUGCAGCCUGUUUCCUGGGUUAUGAAGCUUGCUUGAAGUUUUUGAAUUGGGCUGCACCUAAUUUAUGAGACAUGGACUAGUGGUUGGACAUUAAUAUAGUUUAUUUUUAUAAGUUUGUAUCAAUGUCAACAUGUUAUGAAAUCUAUUUAUAAGUCAACAGAUUUAAUUAAAUCUGAUAUCAUUUUUGAUAUCAACUGAAUAGUUUGCUUUAACCAAUAUUUUUUUAAGUUAUGUAAUUAGUCAUAUACAACAUUUUUUUACAAUUCAACAUUUGUCUUGAAUUUGUAUAAAUGUGCAGUAUUUUGCAUUAUACAUCAUUGCUUUCCAUCAUCGUUUUCGUGCCUUUGCAAUGGUCCUGUGUGUUUGCAAAGCUCAUUCAAGUUUUUUUCAUUCCAAGACUGGUUAAGUGAGAGAGCUAAUCAUAAGUUAUUAUAGCCUUGUUAUUUCUUCAGUUGUUGUAUGAAGAAAAUAUACAUUGUUUAGCAUACUUUAAUGUUAUCUCACAAAUUGUUUCAUAAAACAUUCACAAGAAGCUGUUGGCUGACCAACAUUUUCAUGUAUAUUUCAACAGCUAUUACUAUUUUGCUUCUCUUAUAUAUAUCAUAGUGUGUGUAAAUUCUUAUUAAACAGAAGUGGACAUUGUAUUAACAAUCAUUUUACAUUUUCAUUAUUUAUAUAGCCAACUUAAUGUUUACAGUCAGUGCAAAUACAUUUUCUUAUUCUUUAAUGAUUUUCAGGAUAUUUUUUAAAAAUUUGCAAUCAAAGUUGACCACUGAUUGUCAGGAAUUUUAUUGGUUGCUAAUAAACACACUGGCUUGUCAUACCACAAAUGUGUUGAUUUAAAUUGCUACUCAAACCAGACAUAAUAAAGAUAUUGACAAAAAAGC